UUUUUUUCCACCCUUUUUCCUGUUACAGCUCCUCCAAAUGCUGACAGUUUCAUACCAGUAGAACAUCAUGAGAACAGCAUCACCCUGCAGUGGGAUAAAGUCAACAACAACAUCAGCUUUGUUCUCGGGUGUAAUGAUACAGAGACAGACAUCAGUGUCCCAGAUGAAGAUGGACCAGUAACUCACACAGUCUCAUCUCUCACUGCUGGAACUAAAUACACAUUCACUCUCUACUGUGUGUUUGAGAACAUCAGAAGCAGUGGAGUCAGCAUUACUGCAGUCACUGCUCCUCAGAAUUCAGAAGACCUCAUAUCAUCAGGACAAACUGAGAGCAGCAUCACUCUGCAGUGGAAUAAAGUCAACAACAAAAUCAGCUUUGUUCUCCAGUUUAAUGAUACAGAGACAGACAUCAGUGUGCCAGAUGAAGAUGGACCAGUAACUCACACAGUCUCAUCUCUCACUGCUGGAACUGAAUACACAUUCACUCUCUACUGUGUGUUUGAGAACGUCAGAAGCAGUGGAGUCAGCAUUACUGCAGUCACUGCUCCUCCAAAUGCUGACAGUUUCAUACCAGUAGAACAUCAUGAGAAAAGCAUCACCCUGCAGUGGGAUAAAGUCAACAACAACAUCAGCUUUGUUCUCGGGUGUAAUGAUACAGAGACAGACAUCAGUGUGCCAGAUGAAGAUGGACCAGUAACUCACACAGUCUCAUCUCUCACUGCUGGAACUGAAUACACAUUCACUCUCUACUGUGUGUUUGAGAACGUCAGAAGCAGUGGAGUCAGCAUUACUGCAGUCACUGAGACACACCUGGAGUGCUUACUAAAAGAUCUUGGUUUACAACAGUACUACACAAAGAAACUGUCACUGAGCAAAAUACUUGAGAUUGAUAAGACGACCAUCAAUGAUGAACCUGCCAAGAGUAACUCAGACUUUCCAUGGUAUUUUCUAAAGAAACUGAUGAUGGUUAAUGUGGCAGCAAGGAAUAUGACAUGUACAUCAGAUUGUGAGUUUGAUGAUGAAACAGGGAAUGCAGAGGAUUUGGACAGUUCAAACACAGAUGACAUGCCAAACCCACUCGACAUAAUCACUGCUCUCUUUCUGUGUUCUGAUGGUUUUCUGCAGCAGGAAAUGGCACUAAAAAUGUCCACAUGUCAGUUUUCUGUGCCUUUGCUGCUUCCGAAUUGUGAUACAAAACAGUGCACACUCAUGCUGUGGGCCAUGAGAGACAUUGUUAAAAAGUACAGACCUCAGUCUCUGUCAGAAUCCAAGGGCUUCAUUGAAGACAGAAUCGUUCUCUCUGAACUUCCAAUGAUCUCUUUUGUCAGACUGGGUGAGUGCUCCUUGUCCAAGUCAGAGAUUCUCAAUAAGCUUCUGAGCAAUUCUCAGCAGUACCAUGACACCUUUGUUCACUACAACAUGGAGUGUGGCAACAGUCCAAGAAGAAUAUCCAACGGACUGACUGAAAUUACUUGGUAUCUUCCUUGUGGAAACACAAACAUUGAUAUUUUCAGUCAGCCAGUGGCUGUAGCUAACCUUCGUGGGAACAUUGCUUCAUUUGAAACACAAUACUCCUUUUUGUGUCAGACAUCUGCAGCAGUUUUUGUGUUCUUUGACCAUUUGGACUCUGACCGCAGUCUACUUACUAACCAACACCACAAGGCACAGAUCUUCUUGGUGGGUAACAGUGAGAGCAAACGCUGCACUUUAGAUGCUUUAAAGAAGGUAGAAACUAAUUUGCGCUUAACUAAGAACAAUAUCAUUAUUAGGAAAAAACAAACAAAUGAUGCAGACUUUGUAAAAUAUUUGAGGCAAAAAGUUAGAAAUGUAAUUAAAGAAAAGAAAAGGGAGAUGACAAUAGAGCAGAUGGCAGACAUUGCCCAUGAACUGGGAAUCCUGGUUGAUGAAGACUCUCCAGAGUGCCAGACUGCAAAGAAAAAUGCAGAAGCCAUCACUGCUGAAAUUACAGACAUCCAUGAAUACAAAGACGCUCAGCUUCCACGACAAGGUGAAAUAUGGAAACAACUGACCUGCUUAGAGAAGGAAGAAUUUCGACUUCAAAAAGUUGGAUCUGAAAACAUUGAAAAAUACAAAAGUGAACUUCAGGUGCAGAAAGAACAACUGCGGGAAAAGCAAAACAAGUAUGACAUGUCGACAGCUAUGACAUGUUUCAUUAAUGCAAUAUCAAGCCCAGGAACAGAGAGGUUUUAUUUCCUGAAAUGGAUGCGAAUGAACCUGGAUAACCUGUCUCGCAUAAAACUGUCUGAACUUCAGGAAAAAUAUAAAGAAAAAUGCAAAAAUUCUGAGAACAAAGAGGAGAUCAAGAAAAUUGACAGACAAAUUUCCAACAGCUCACUGGGGACUGAACACUUCUUCCGUGAAAUGGGUCAGAUCUAUGAAGCCUCACUGUCCCUUCCACAAACAGAUCCAUCACGUCAACAGCUGCAGCAUCUGCCCAAACUGUGUGCUAAGUUGUUGCUUGAUGGAUUUCCUCUUGAGCUUGUAGAUGGAGAUGCAUCCAACAUCCCUCUCAGAUGGGUGAGUGAUGUUCUCUCUCAGCUCAGUGACUUGGUGUCUCCAAACAGAAAGAUACUGGUAGUCACAGUUCUUGGAGUUCAGAGCACAGGAAAGUCCACUCUCCUUAACACCAUGUUUGGAGUGCAGUUUGCAGUCAGCAGUGGUCGAUGUACUCGAGGUGCCUUUAUGCUGCUCAUCAAAAUCAAUGAAGACAUGAAAAAAGUCCUAAACUGUGACUUCAUGCUGAUCAUUGACACUGAGGGCUUAAAGUCACCAGAACUUGCACAACUGGACAACAGCUAUGAGCACGACAAUGAGCUUGCUACACUUGUUGUGGGGCUGAGUGAUGUCACCAUUGUCAAUGUUGCAAUGGAGAAUUCAACUGAAAUGAAGGACAUCCUACAAAUAGUUGUGCAUGCUUUUCUCAGGAUGAAGGAGGUGGGCAAAAAGCCUAAAUGUCAAUUUGUUCACCAGAAUGUGUCCGAUGUUUCAGCCCAUGAGAAGAACUUAAGAGACAGGAAACUGCUCCUGGAACAGUUAAAUGAGAUGACCCAGGCAGCAGCCAAAAUGGAAAAGAAAGAGGAGAACAAGAGCUUCACUGAUGUGAUGGAUUACAGUCCAGACACUGGGAACUGGUACAUUCCUGGACUCUGGAAUGGAAACCCACCAAUGGCACCAGUCAGUGCAGGGUACAGUGAGGCUGUAUAUGAGCUCAAGAAAAACAUCAUCCAACUGCUGGGAAACUGUGAGUCAUCUGCUAAUGAUGUCAUGGAUUUUAAAGAGUGGGUGACAAGUCUGUGGACUGCAGUAAAGCACGAAAACUUCAUCUUCAGCUUCAGAAACAGCCUCGUAGCUGAUGCAUACAUGAGACUCUGCACAGAAUUCAACAAAUGGGAGUGGGAAUUCAAAAAAGAAAUGUACACCUGGGUAACCAAUGCAGAAACAAAAAUUUCCAAUUUUGGUACAGUUGCCGCAAAAUCUGAAUCUUCUAACUUGACAGAAUUUCUCACAUGUUUGAAAAGUGAAGCCUCCACAGAGCUGUCUAAAUGGGAGACAACACUUCUUGAAAAUCUGACUCAAUAUUUCAAGCAAAAAGAGGGUCAUGUUUAUCUGGUUGAAGGAUACAGAGAGGAAUUCGCAAACUGUGCAAAGAGCCUUCGAAAAGAAAUUGAGAGAUCUGUGUUUAGUCAGCUCACAGCAGCAAAAGACAUCAGAGAGGGAAAGACAGAAAUUGAUAAAAUCAAAGAGAAUCAUCAAAAGGAGAUUGAAAAUGCAGUUUGCGCUUUGAUAGAUAAAUGCAGAAAGAAAAAAGCCCAGAUGAAAGACAAAGAGCUGGAAAAAGAGUUUGAUAAGAUGUGGAAUGAAACACUGGCUAGACUUUCCUUCUCCAGACAAAAGAUUACAGAUGUCUUCACAAGCGUAUCUCACUGCCUAAGAAUAAAUCUGUCAUACAAGGGAAGUCAUGCAUGUGAAUUAUUAAGUCAAAGAAAUCUGCAUGAUUGUGGUAAUGAGCCUUUCAAAUAUACAGCUAAAGGAUUGUACAACCAAUUAAAACACAAAGUCAGCAAGCUGUUCAACAUUGAAGAUCACAUAAUGACUGUACAAAAACAGGCUGACAGCAUCAUAGAUCACUGCACUCAGUUCGUGAGAGAAAAGCUGAAAAAAAAAAGCAAUUACUCUGACACUUACAUCCAGGAAAUCCUACACAUCAUUGAUGAGAAACUACAAAACUAUAAAAAUGUUAAGACAGACAUUGAAUUUGAAGUUUCUCUGAAACAGCACAUCUGUGGAUUUGCAGCCAGAGAGUUUCAGAAAAUGCACGAAGAUUUCAUCCAAGAAAAUGAUCCCUACAGAUGUCUGAUGAAAAACAAGGAAAAGUUUUGUGAUGAUUUCAAAGAUGUGUUCCAUGAAAGAGACCAGUGUCAGAAGAAGGCAGAAGAAUUCACCAACCGAUGCCUGAAGCCUGCUGUUGUAGACUUUAUCAAUCGUUUCCUGGGACAGGAUAUCACUGGUGAAAUGCUGACGUGUGAGCAGCUCAGCAACAGAAUGUCCUUCCAGUAUUCAGUUUUACUGGAUUUACUUUCAAAGGAUGAUUUUAAAAGCUACCAGAGAUAUAUUUGCUCAUAUGAGGGUCAUGUAAAGGAAGUAAUACUCAACCAAAUACUGGAGCACUUCUCAACUGCGUCAACAAUAUCUGAGUUUGAGCACCAACAUCUCCAGUCAUGUAUCAGAAGCAUAAAUGAUGCCAUCAAUAAAGCCAAAACAGGAAAUACUGAUUCUGAAUUGGGGAGAUUUGUUAAAGAUAUUUGUAAAGAACUUGGUGAAAAACUGGUCAUUUCCCAGGAUGCUCUUGGUACUUUCAUGGUCCUGAAUAAUGCUGACAAGGAACAGUUUGCUCACUGGCUCACAGAGUGUGUAAAGGACAUGGCAGAAGAUCUCAAAAAAGAGUUUCAAAUACUGAACUUUCAAACAAAACUACAAUGCCUUCAUGUGCAACCUGAAAAUGAGCUUUUUAACAAAUUGGUUGGUUGUGGCAAACAGUGUCCAUUCUGCAAAGCUCCCUGUGAUGCAGGAGGAGGAGGUCAUACUGAGCACUUUGCUUCACUGCAUCGGCCAGAGGGUCUGGGUAGAUACAAGUGGUGUGGUACAAAAAAACUUGUCACUGACAUAUGCUCCUCUCUCGUGAUCAGUGGCGCCCAAUUUCAAUGCAGUGCUACCAACUAUGCAUGGCACCCUUUUAAGAGUUACAAGGAAAUUUACCCAGACUGGAAAAUCCCUCCGGAUGUGAGCCUUGAGGCAUCAGACCACUGGAAAUUUAUAAUGGCAAAGUACAACAAUGAUUUUGCCAAAGAAUAUAAUGCAGAACCUGCUGAUAUUCCUGAACCUUGGACAAAAAUCAGAAAAGAACAGGCAGAAAAAAGUCUCAAAGAGUCAUUUAACAUAAAGUAACAACUGGCAUUCUGUGUGCAUCAUUCAUUUUGUUUUGUUUUUGUUUUGUUUUUUUCCUUUUUUUUUAAACAAAUUUAAAGCUUUAUAUAAUAUAUACAUUCAGUCACUAAUGAUCUUUUGAAUUACUAAAUAUGUGUGUCAUGUGAGCAUGACACACAUAACACAUGACUCAAAUGUUAUGGAAACUCAGUACAGUAGUUUUUCUGUGAGGAAUCUGGUGUCAAAUAUUUACACAUUCAAGAUUAUUUGAGUAUGUGAUUUUGUUGCUCUAUAUGUAUGUUAGGUUUUGUAUUGUUGAUUGUCAUUUAUGCUUAGAAAUAUCUACUCAUAUAUGCUUAGAGUUUUAUAAUUAGUUGUAGAUUAAUAGAGG